GUGUGUGCGUUCUGCACUCGCGAAGUUGGAAAUCCAAAAGACGGAAAACGUAGAAUUGUGGCGCGUGUAAUUCACAUUUCUGAAUUCUCUGAUUCCUGGCUGAUCCCGAUCCUGGUUAUCAAGAUUCUGCGACAUACGUUCCGUACGAUCAGGAAGAUGACGACGGUUAACAAAGAGGAAGCGCGGAAGCGCCUGACGUCGCUGCAGUGGCAUGUGACACAAGAGAAGGGCACAGAGAGACCGUUUACCGGUUGCUACAACAAGUUCUACGAAAAGGGAACGUAUACCUGCGUCGUGUGCGAUCAAGAACUGUUCUCUUCGGACACCAAAUACGACAGCGGAUGCGGUUGGCCGGCAUUCAACGAGGUUCUGGAUCAAGGACGCAUCAAAUUGACCAAAGACACCUCUCAUGUCGGCGGCAAUCUACUACUGCUGAUCGCAAACCCAGAUAUGGUGCGGACCGAGGUGACCUGUUCGAAAUGUGAUGCACACCUGGGGCAUGUGUUCAACGACGGACCGAAGCCUACGAGGAAGCGUUUCUGCAUCAACUCCGCCUCCAUAAGCUUCCACUCGGCGGGAGAGGAGAAAUCUACGUAAAAUCAGCAUGCGCGUUUAUUACAUUCUAUAUUUUAUUAUGUAUAAUAUUUAUAUAACGAGAAUUGUGUUAUAAAUAUCUCGUGUUAUAAAUAUUAAAAUAUCUUCGUUUUAUUUAUGUAUUGUAAAAAGAAAUAAAAGUAAUAAUAAUUAUCGUCGAGAUAAAUAGGCUGUCUGUAAAGUGAGUUUAUUAUUAUAGGGAAUAUUUAACGUUUUAUUACUGCUAACGAUGUGCUAUUAGCAAACAUUUCUACGUUAUUUACUACAUGCGAUUGAUUGUAAUGUUCGAUUGUAUAUGAUUUUCGUAACAUAUUCGCAAAAAUAUUCCUUUCUACAUUAAAGCGUUAUGCAAGUUAAGGAAUAUACUGUUGAUGCUAUAAAGCGUUUCCGACUGACAUUUCACUCGCGACGAGAAGCUAAUUCCAUACUAUCAGUUCUCUUGAAUCUCAUUGUGUACUCUCUACUUUCGAUAUUACAAACGUUACAUGUACAUAUCCAUAUCAAAGUGUAAAAAGUAUAGCACCCACGCAGGAUAUAUGUAUAUCACAGAGAAAGCGUGACACUGGACAGAUGAUAGAAAUGUCUAAUUGAGAGAUGUUAUUUUUUCAAUAAAUGCCAUAAUAUGUAAAUACCCUACCUAUUCUGACUUAAUAUAUUAAAUGAGGAACAAAAUACAGCAGUCAUCAUUUCUCUUUCAUCGUUCCUCUUACGUAAUACCGUUAGGACAGGGUGUUUUGUAUGAAGAAGAGAACAUGUUUGUUAUAAAAUGUUUCCUUAUAUUGUAACGUUUCAAAACAAACUAAAAGGUGUUAUAAUACAAUAUACGUAAAAUUCUA